UUAUUUUUUGAUUUCCAUCCCAUGCUAAAAAUGGGAUUUUUUUCCUUUUCUCUGCUGUUGUGUGUAUUUUUUACCCUUGGUAGAGUAGGACUGGACUUUCAGGGUUAGCUGAUGGCCUAUUCUUUGUGUUUUGUCUGUGUGAAAUAGAGGCAAAGGCUUAAACCCUCUACAGGCCUCCAUCACGCAGACAACCUGCUGGCAACUGCCUCAAACAGAUCAGGAAGCUGUGUCGGUCGCGGUUUGAGAAAGGAACAUGGCUUCCCAGGCUGAUCUGAUGGAACUAGACAUGGCCAUGGAGCCAGACCGUAAGGCGGCAGUCAGUCACUGGCAGCAACAGUCCUACCUGGAUUCAGGCAUCCAUUCAGGAGCCACCACAACUGCUCCUUCCCUCAGUGGAAAGGGCAAUCCUGAGGAAGACGAUGUCGACAACAACCAGGUCAUGUAUGAGUGGGAGCAAGGCUUCAACCAGAACUUCUCCCAGGAACAAGUACAAGACAUAGAUGGUCAGUAUGCCAUGACUCGUGCCCAGCGGGUGCGUGCAGCAAUGUUUCCAGAGACUCUUGAGGAGGGCAUGCAGAUCCCCUCCACACAGUACGACGCAGCAAACCCCACCAACGUCCAGAGGCUGGCAGAGCCCUCGCAAAUGCUCAAACAUGCUGUCGUUAAUCUGAUCAACUAUCAAGAUGACGCUGAGCUGGCAACCAGAGCCAUACCAGAACUCACCAAACUACUCAACGAUGAGGACCAGGUCGUAGUAAACAAAGCAGCAGUGAUGGUCCACCAGCUUUCAAAGAAAGAAGCGUCUCGCCACGCCAUUAUGCGCUCACCUCAGAUGGUGUCUGCGAUUGUCAGGACCAUGCAGAACACAAAUGAUGUGGAAACGGCUCGCUGUACUGCAGGCACGCUGCACAACCUUUCCCAUCACAGAGAGGGACUGCUGGCAAUCUUCAAGUCUGGAGGAAUACCAGCUCUAGUUAAAAUGCUUGGUUCACCAGUGGACUCCGUCCUGUUCUAUGCCAUCACCACCCUCCACAACCUCCUCCUGCACCAGGAAGGAGCUAAAAUGGCUGUUCGUUUAGCUGGCGGUCUGCAGAAAAUGGUGGCUCUACUCAACAAAACCAAUGUCAAGUUCCUGGCCAUUACUACUGACUGUCUCCAGAUACUGGCCUAUGGAAACCAGGAAAGCAAGUUGAUAAUCCUGGCCAGUGGUGGCCCACAGGCACUGGUCAACAUCAUGAGGACUUACACCUAUGAGAAGCUGUUGUGGACCACAAGCCGUGUUCUCAAAGUUCUGUCUGUAUGCUCCAGUAACAAGCCUGCCAUUGUAGAAGCUGGAGGCAUGCAGGCUCUGGGACUCCACCUGACAGACCCCAGCCAGAGACUGGUUCAGAACUGUCUCUGGACUCUCAGGAACUUAUCAGAUGCUGCCACCAAACAGGAGGGAAUGGAGGGUCUGCUGGGAACUCUGGUGCAGCUGCUGGGCAGUGAUGACAUUAAUGUGGUCACCUGUGCUGCUGGCAUCCUGUCUAAUCUGACCUGUAACAACUACAAGAACAAAAUGAUGGUGUGCCAGGUUGGAGGCAUUGAGGCGUUGGUCCGCACAGUGCUUCGGGCAGGAGACAGAGAAGACAUCACAGAGCCAGCUAUUUGUGCCCUGCGUCACCUCACAUCUCGACACCAGGAUGCUGAGAUGGCACAGAAUGCUGUCAGACUUCACUAUGGCCUGCCCGUGGUUGUCAAAUUACUGCAUCCGCCGUCACACUGGCCACUCAUCAAGGCUACAGUUGGUUUGAUCCGUAACCUGGCCCUGUGCCCCGCUAACCACGCCCCUCUGAGGGAGCAAGGCGCCAUCCCCAGACUGGUCCAGCUGCUGGUCAGAGCACACCAAGACACACAGAGACGCACCAGCAUGGGAGGCACGCAACAGCAGUUUGUGGAGGGGGUUCGCAUGGAGGAGAUUGUGGAGGGCUGCACGGGAGCACUUCACAUCCUGGCCAGAGACGUCCACAACAGAAUAGUCAUCAGAGGACUCAACACCAUUCCACUGUUUGUACAGCUGUUGUAUUCUCCCAUCGAGAACAUCCAGCGCGUAGCAGCAGGCGUCCUGUGUGAGCUGGCCCAGGAUAAAGAGGCUGCUGAGGCCAUCGAGGCUGAGGGAGCCACCGCCCCUCUCACAGAGCUUUUGCACAGCCGCAAUGAAGGAGUUGCCACGUACGCAGCUGCAGUUUUGUUCCGUAUGUCAGAGGACAAACCCCAAGACUACAAGAAACGCCUCUCUGUAGAACUCACCAGCUCACUCUUCAGGACAGAACCCAUGGCCUGGAACGAGACUGGAGACCUGGGUUUGGACAUGGGAGCUCAGGGAGAGCCUCUGGGCUACAGACAGGAAGACCCAAGUUACCGUUCCUUCCAUUCGGGGGGUUAUGGAGGGGACACGAUGGGUAUGGAGCCCAUGAUGGACCAUGAUCUGGGUGGAGGACACCACCCUGGCCAGGACUACCCCCCUGUAGAAGGGCUGCCUGACCUGGGACACGCCCAGGAACUGAUAGAGGGACUGCCGCCUGGCGACUCAAACCAACUGGCCUGGUUUGAUACCGACCUGUAAAUAACAAGAACAUUACACUACACUUUCUACUAGCUGUAUCAUGUGAUCUGGAUGAACCUGCAUCGUGAUUCGCCCAUAUGGAGGAGGCGGGGUUUCAGAAAGUGCCUGAAGAUGACUCAACAACAGCAAGCAGAGUUUCCUGUCUAUGGGAACUCCAUUGGGACAAACUAGAUUUUAGUGCGGUUCGGUUCUGGUCUGUCGGCCUGAUGGGGGGGCUGACUUCAAAUCCUGACUUGACACACAGAUUUUGAUCUCAAUGAUUGGUUUUCCAAAAACCCUUUUUCUGUAUUUUGUUUUUUUAAUUUUUACUUCUUUUGGUUGUUUUACUUUUUUAUUAUGUUUUCCUUAAGUCUGUAAUGGUACAAACUGAAUCUAGCUUGCUUUUUUCAUUACUCUGAAUUAUGAUACUCAUCUCUUGUUUUUGCAGUCCCUUGUAUUUUAAGUCUCUGGUAGUGUUGAGUUUUUUAGUGGUAAUGCUCCAUCCAAGUAAAGAAUCUGAUCACAUUUUAAAUGGUGUCCAAACACUAAAGUUAAUCAGUUGAAUUGUAUUCUGAUGAUCAAGUGUAACAUUGUGUAGCUUUUGUAUAAAAACAUGAAUUGGAAAUCAUGGUCCAAAUAUCAAGCUAUUUUCUUGCUUUAAAGGGAGACACUGAUGUGUCUCUGCUGUUCCAAAGGGGGUGUAGCUGACCUAGCUGGGUGGGAGUGUCUAUGAAUGGACAGGGGUGGAGGAGGGCUCCUAUUGGUCUGCUGUUACUAUGGGGUGGGGUAGUGAGAGGAGCUGGUUGCUGUAGCCUGCUGUGUUCUGAAACAAUAAAAUGGACUGUCAUUUCA